ACGCAUCUUUUGGCCUAUCGGACGGGGCACUAUGAAACAAUUGUGUUUCCGAUCGUCCAAACUGACAAAACAUUCAGUGAAAUUCACAUCCGCGUCAAAUAUACCCGAAAAAACUCGUUGGAGAGGGUUUUGAGUCUCCAGACUGCGCCGCAAACUCUAAGGUAGAUUCAGAAGGAUCAGGGACACCAGAUUUCCUAUGCUCGUUAGCAAGAAUCGGAGUAUUGAGUUUUUAGUGGUUCUAAAGAGAUCAAAAUCGCUGAAAACGGUGAACGACUGCGGCAUAAAUCUUGGAAAAUGGGUCUGGUAAAGAAAUAGAUAUUAUAAUAUCAGAGAUGGAGCUGUCGGAGCUCGGAUUGGGUCGGAGAACUUUCCCAUGGGUGUUUUAGCCGCCAUUUUGACGAAUGCUGUAAGAGUUUCUGCCGUUAGGGAAUAUUUUCUGAGCGGAGAAAAAGAGCUUGAAAUUUUGGCUGCGGUCUGAGUAGGACAAAAAAUAAUUCUUUUGGAAACGAAAGAAUUUAAUUUUUUUGAGCGGCUUCGAUUUUAGGGUUAGGGCUUUGGAAAUAUCUGUAUUUGGGCAGAGAAAAGAGAUUGGAAGAUUUUGCAUUGGCACUAGUAUUUCAAAUGGAAGAGGUUUCCAGAAACAAAACUACUGGGAAACAUUGAAGAAACUAGUCUGUUUCUGGAUUAGGAUUAAGGAUACUGGAGCGCUUUUUCGAAGGGAGAAAAAGAGCUUGAAAAUGCUUUGAUCCAUCCCGAACACAACGUACACAAUCCUUGUAGAAAUGAGAUCGCCAAAAGAAAAUUAGAAGACAAUUGUAUUGGUUUGAAAGUGGGUUAGGGGAGCCUAUUUUAAGCGCGGAGAUAAAGAGAUUGACAUUUUUUGUACAUCCCCGUCUUUCUGGAAAAAGUUUGAAUAAAAUCAAGCUGCUUUGGAGUUAGGGUUAGAUACAGGGAUUGGGGUUAAAUGAAGGACUAAUAAGGAUUAGAAAUAGUUUUUUAGUGCGAUGGAGGAUCCAGAGGGGGGCCUGAGUUUUGAUUUUGAGGGUGGAUUGGAGACAGGGCCUAAUUCUAGCAAUCCCCCAGUUUUGGGGAGCUCUCUGAAUUCAAGUGAUAUAAAUCUCGGGGCUCCUUCAAUUUUGACACCAGCUGCUAAUAGGCCAGCAGCUCAGUCUGGGAGCAGGAGUUUCAGACAGACAGUUUGCAGACACUGGCUCAGGAGCUUGUGUAUGAAGGGAGAGUCUUGUGGGUUUCUGCAUCAGUAUGAUAAGAGCAGGAUGCCAGUCUGUCGGUUCUUUGCACGGUAUGGUGAAUGCCGGGAGCCGGACUGUGUCUACAAGCACAGCAAUGAUGAAAUUAAGGAGUGUAACAUGUAUAAACAUGGAUUCUGUCCAAAUGGACCUGAUUGUCGAUAUAGGCACCAAAAGAUGCCUGGUCCACCUCCAGCUGUAGAAGAAGUUUUCCAGAAGCUUCAGCAGUGGGCGACAGUGACAAAUGGUUCCUACCCAAACAGAUAUCCUCAGCAUAGGCAAAACAAUUAUCAUCAUCAAGCAGAAAAGACUCAGCCUUCGCCUAAUGCUUCACAGAGACCGCUAGGAAGUUCACCUUCAGGUGAUGAGCCUAAGAAUCAGCAGCAGCAACGGACACAACGUCUGCCACAGCAUCAGACAAAUCAGAGUCAAGGGCAGCCAGUGAACCCUUCAGCAAAUGGAUUCUCAAAUCAAUCGAAUGUUGGAUCUGCUGCCUUGCCGCUGCCACAAGGACUUUCUAGGUAUUUUGUUGUGAAGAGUAGCAAUAAAGAGAAUUUGGAACUUUCUGUACAACAAGGAAUGUGGGCAACCCAACGAAACAACGAGGCAAAGCUUAACGAAGCCUUUGAUUGUUGUGAUAAUGUUAUUCUUAUAUUCUCAAUCAACAGAACUCGUCAUUUUCAGGGAUGUGCAAAGAUGACUUCUAAAAUUGGAGGAUUUGUUGGUGGAGGGGGUUGGAAGCAUGCACAUGGAGCCGCACAUUAUGGUCGAAACUUCAGUCUUAAAUGGUUGAAGCUUUGUGAAUUAUCAUUUCACAAAACUCGGCAUUUGAGGAAUCCAUACAAUGAAAAUUUGCCUGUAAAGAUUAGUCGUGAUUGCCAAGAAUUAGAGCCUUCUAUAGGGGAGCAAUUAGCUUCUUUGCUUUAUCUGGAGCCUGAUAGUGAGCUUAUGGCCAUUGCAUGUGCUGUUGAAUCCAAACGUGAAGAAGAAAAGGCCCAAGGCGUGAAUGCAAUCCCCAGGAAUGAAGAUCCAAACAUAGUUCCUUUCGAAGAUAACGAUGACGAUCAGGAUGAUGAUGAGAGUGAUGAAGAAGAAAGCUCAAGCCAUUCACUUGGUGCAAGCCAAGGCAGAGGGAGGGGAAGAGGAAUGAUGUGGCCUCCACAUGGCCCAAUGGCAAGGGCUGGUAGAGGUUUGGUAGGGUCAAAUCCGAUGGGUUUCUAUCCUGUAAUGAUUGGUGAUGGCUAUGGCUUUGAUAGAUUUGGGAUGGGUCCAUCAGAAGGAUUUGCCAUGCCAGAAAUGUUCAAUGCAUCAGCUGGUCCCAGUCAGGGCUUUCCACCUUACAGUCAUGCAGGUCCAAGGUUUGGUGGAUCUGAGUACGGGGCUGGCUCCAAUCCUGGAAUGAUCUUCCAUGGCAGAGCUCCCCAACCUAAUGGAAUAUUCCCUCAUGGUGGUGCAAGGAUGAUGGCUCCAGGUCCAAAUGGGAUGAUGGGAGGAGCUGGAAGGCUUCACUUUAUGGGUGGAUCCGGUGUAGUUGGGAAUUCAAACAGACCAUCAGGGAUGCCAUUUCGCCCCCCUCAAAGUGGGAAUAGUGGUAGAGGUCGGAGAGAUCACAGGAGGCGCAGGAAUGAGCAUAAUACAAGUACUGACCGAUUACAAUUAGGCAUGGAUCAAAGGGUGACUGGAAAGUCUCAGCAGACACGACCAACAGGUGAAGCAUCAGAAACUGAGCCAUCACGACAUCAACAGCACAAUGGAUUCAGGAUAAAUAGUUAUGCUGUAACUAAUGAUGAUGACAGUGAAAGUGAAGAUGAGGCUCCUCGAAGAUCUAGGCAUGGGGAGAGCAAGAAAAAAAGGCGUGACUGGGAUGGGGAAGAAGAGGAUCAGGCUGAUCAUUGGGAGCUGCCAUUCACAGGGGUUGAACCUGAAGAGAAUGGAUAUUAAGAUGAAUUUGACUUCCUUUUGACUUGCAGUUGAAUAGGACAAAUAUAAUUUAGCUUGGCUAAUGCUUGACCUAUAGAUGAGUUGCAUACCUUCAAUGAGAUAAUUGAGUUUUUUGAUAAUCAAAGAUUGAAGUUCAGAGCUGGUAUUUGUAACUGAUCUUAAGCCGCAAUUUUGCAGCAUGUAAUUUGAUUGGUUCAUUCUACUUCUACUCUAAAAACAAUUUAAUAAAAUCCCCAAAAUUGAACUCAUAGAGAUUGAUAGCUCAUACAGAGAUUUGAGAAUGUGUAACAUAGAAAUUAGCCCUCGGAAUUUGGGGGAAUUUGUGAUAGAAAUAGGGUGGUUGCUGAACUGGAAACCCAGGGAAAUGCCUCAGCCAAUCAUCUUGUACAUGUAUUGUUAGUUUUUAGUAGUGGGUUAAGUUGUAUACUCUCUUUCAAGAUUUGAAACUUAAAAUGGAAAAUGUCACCAUGGCAAUUUUUCUCA